UAUGAAAGACCCUUUGCACAAAUCAAGUCAUCUGAAGUAAAGAAACCAAGAAACCCACCAACUGAAGUCCAAGUCACUUCAUCUCUGAAUUCAUUCUAGUUUGGGAGAUGGAAAAGGUGACAAAAGAGCUAAAACAGUAUGACAACAAAAUUAUAGAAUGCAAAUUUGAGAACAACAGCUGGGUGUUCAUGAGACAGAGGACAGACAAAAGUUUUCCUAAUGCCUACAACACAGCCCUGGCUGUAUGCAACAGUAUCUCAAACCCUGUCACCAAGGAGAUGCUGUUUGAGUUCAUCGACAGAUGUGCCACAGCUUCCCAAGGACAGAAGCGAAAGCAUCACCUGGACCCUGACACAGAGCUUAUGCCACCACCGCCCCCCAAAAGGCCACACCUUUCAACCUAAGCUCUGGCUCAAGAGGAAAAAUGAGUGAGGAAAAGUGAGGAAAAAUGCUGUUGUCCUGUUUUUUCAGCCAGGAAAUUCAGAAACAAGUGUGGUUUGAUACUGAUACACAUUUGGAUUUUUUUUUCCUGAAAAAGGAAGAUAUUGUAGCCAGCCUGUACAUAUUUGAUGCAUUCAUUUCCUCAGUGCUACAGUACGUCGUGGACUUAAACAUUUUAUUUAUAUCUGAUCAACUCAGCCUUACCUUGUGGAAUCUGAAGCUUGAAAUAUCCAAAGGUUUAAAUGAGAUUGAAAUCAAUGUAAAAGAGGCCUUGUUUAUAUAUGGAUAACCUUUGCAUUUAAUUUAUGAAGUUAGCAAUCUGGAACUGUGAGCACAGAAAACAUUGUAUUUUUUAGAAGCUGGAUUUUCAAGUAUGGCAAAGUUCCUUUUAAAAAUUUAGGGAAUUGGCAUUAGAAAGUCUCACUCUCAUUUAUCAUGGAUUUCUUGCAUUUCUAAAAUUCCUGUAUUCAAAAACAAUGACAAGGUUGUUAAGUGUUGUGCUAUUUUAAACACAAUACUUGGUCUGGUUUAUAUCAUUAAAAAAAUUUUUUUUUGAAAUGUAAAAGUAAAAAAAAGUAAAGCUCCAUUUUUGUGAAUUGCAUCGUUUCUUAAAGUAUUUUGAGGAUUUUAUCUGUUUCCAAUGUUUGAACUAUAAUAUCAGAUGUCCAGUGUGUCCAUUCUGGCAGUGGCUUUAAGUUACUGCAUGGAACUUAGAUAUUCACCACCAGUCCUUCAUGUGUUCUCCUGGGAGACUUUUCUUCUUUUAAAUGUCAGGGCUACUUCUGCUUUACCUCAGUGGUAUCAGCACAUUGUAAAUUACUUUGAAACACACAACUCACUGUGAUCUAUGGGAGAGAUAUCAACUACAAACAAUGUUGUAUUAGUUCCCUCUAACAAAACAAUAAAGGAAAUGCCAGCCCACACCUUUGAUUAGAAGGUAAUGUCAAUGGAACAGAGUGUUGGCACUGGAAAAAGCUCUCCCACUGCUAGACAAAUGCAAAGGCAAGCAGAGACGCUUGUAAGAGUUAAAUGUCGAGGAAAUCAGGACAUUUACUUUCAAAGCCAGAAUUCUAUCUCUGUACUAUUUUUAGGGAUUUUUUUGAGUGAUACAUCUGAAUUUCACAAUGUUUACUGAUAGACAGUGGGUUGAAAGGGCAGCUAAUUGGUCAUCUGCCAUUGUUGAGAAACUGUGUUCUGAUUGGUGUGUGAAGGAACUCUGAGAAUUAGCUGAGUAGAGGCUAAUGUAUUUAUUUUUAGAGGUACAGGUUUUAAGUAUAUGUAUUUAAACAAAUUUUCAUGAUCAGAAUUUUAUAUAUGUAUAUGCAACAGUGUAUAUUCUUCUACUGAUAGAGUCAGACAUGAAAACCCAAAUUGAGUUACCUAGAAGACUGAAUAUCCGAUAGGAUUUCUAUAUGACAUAGCACAGAUUAACCAAAAAUGUAUUUAUAUGCACCUGAGUUUUAAUGUUUUUAAACAAAGCUUUCUCCUGCAGUGCUUUUCUAUAAGCAAUACUAGAAUCAUGCUUAGGCCCUUUCCUUUGUUGUUCCCAAGUUAUAUAAUAUGUAGUGAAUUUAUCCAAAAUGCCAUUUUAAUGGUUUUUUCCUAGAAUGCUUUUGUGUGUUUGGGCACUAAAGGGUUUCAAACACCUGACUGCCAAAAUGACUGUUAAAAAGGGAAAUUCUCACGAUUCCAUGUGUCUUUUACAAAGUAGAUCUUAAAAAAUGCCUAUGCAACUCCAAACAGUUUGAUGCCUGUUUCCCAGGAUCAGCAACUCCUCAAGAGGUGUAUUGCUGCUUCCAAGCCUGUGCAAGGCAGGGCCUUUUUGCAGACAUGAAAGUGAGCUUUUGCCAAUGAUCUUUAAUAGAGUUAAAAUGUUUAUGGUGAUCAUAACCUUUUGAAUGAGAUAUGUGAAAAGAGCAUCUCGUUUUAAUACACCCAGAUAUUUUCUCCUUGUCCUUGUACAUUUUAGCAGGACUUAAUUUUCUUAAGUUCGCCUUCUCUUUUGAUUACACUGAAGUAUAAUUGUUGGCUUAUAAGUAGAUCCCAUUUAGUACUCCAAAACAUGCCUCCUGUAGUACCAUAAUAAGUCAUAUAGAUGGUCAUGGGGUACCCGGAGGCAGGAUCUGGACAUCAUGAAGGAAACCCUUCCUUCUCUGCUUGCUUCACAAUAGCUGUUUUCUCAGACAAUAGUUCUUUAGACAAAAAUAAGAAAAGUUUGCUCUCCUGAGUUAUCACAUGUAAAAGCUUUUGCUUUUUGUUUGGAAAAAGGUGUGGGUGACUCUACUGCCUGGAUGGUUACAUUUGCUUUCUGUGAAAUGCUCAGAAAAUGUCAGAACAUUCCUUCUAAUUGUCUGUCAGUGGAUAUUGUAAUAAA